GUUUACUACAAAGUAACAGAGUACAACGUAAGAGACAUACACUUUUCCGCAAUUUCAGUUUCAGUUCUGAGAAAUUAAUGUCAAUUUCAGUCUUAGUACUGUGAUUGAGCUCAUCACCACCAACAACAAAGAGUGAAACUAUAUACAUUCAUUGGAAUUGUGGAAUUUGGUGGGUGAAAUUAAGAAGAUGGGUGUUUCAGAUGUGUGUCCUACUGUGGAUGCAAUUAGGGCAUUUCUUGAACAUUUGGUUGAUCCAAUGCUGGCAGAAAUACCUAUUCUGGAUGAUCCUCCACUAUCACAACAGCAGAAAGUUGCAAAACAGGUGCAUGCUGUUGUGUUACUGUACAACUAUUACCACAGAAAACAGAAUCCAGAGCUAGAAUUUGUGGCAUUUAGUGCAUUUUGCAAGUUGAUUGUGGAUCUGAGACCAGCUUUGUUACCGUAUAUGAAAUUCACACAGAAGCCUGUUGACCUUGUUGAUGUGGAGCAGCAGUUGUCAUUAACAGAAAAAGCAAUCGUGAGUUCCUAUGAUAUAUGUACACUUUUAGACGCGUCAAAAAGUGUUCCUAAUAUAGAGGGAUGGCCCAUUUCAAAAGUUGCCGUCCUUUUGGUCGAUAGUAAGAAGGAGAACUGCUUCUUGCAUUUUGGUUCUAUAACUGAUGGAGUACGGUCAUUGAUUGAAAAAGAUGUGGAUACCUCCAAUAAAGUUUCUGAAGUUACAACCUCCAAUAAAAUUUCUGAAGUUACAAGUGAAAUCAAAACAUACAAAAAAAGAAGAGUUGUUAAGAAGCCUUCGAGAAACGGAUCAAAUGUUGAUGAAGAUCGAAUUUUGCAAGUUGGAUAUUCUGCUGUUAAGGAAGCUGCGGGUGUCAAUAGUAUCGAUAUUAUGCUUUUGGAAAGUUACACUGUGUAUUCCCAGAGCAAAGAGAAGACAUCUUCACGCUUUUAUAUAAUGAAGUGCUCACAGUCGAUCGAUGAAGGGUUUACUCAAGUUCCUAUCAAAGAUUUAAUUGAAAGCGUCCGGGGUCCUUUGGUCAAAAGAAGUUCUGACAGUUGGAAGGUAACCCCAGUUGUCGAGUACUUCCACAUGCUUCCUUAUUCCAAAAUAAUCUCAGAAUGGAUUUCUAGAGAAACAUUCUCAAAUAGUUUGCAAGAUUCAAAGCUGGCUGAGAAACAAUUCCCGAAGCUUGAAGUUAAAGAAUCACAUAUAAGUAGCAAGGCCCUGUCCGUUGGUCUUGAUAACAAGCAAUGCAGCGAAACUAUUGUAGCUCUUAAUCAGAAGCAACUCCUGAAGCUUGAAGUUAAAGAAAUGCAUGUAAGUAGCGAGGGCAUGUCUGCUGGUCUUGAUAACAAGGCAUGCAGUGACACUAUUGUAACUCUUAAUCAAAAAGAGAAAAACGGUUGUGGUACAAUUACACAGUGUGGUUCUGUCAAGAAAGACCAGGAUAUGGAUGUGGACAACUCUUCAAGAGUGAAAACAAAUCUUGAAGUUACAGAAUCACAUGUAAGUAGCGAGGGCAUGUCUGUUGGUCUUGAUAACAAGCAAUCUAGUGAUACUAUUGCAGCUCUUAAUCAGAAAGAGAACAACGGUUGCGGUAUAAUUACACAGUGCGGUUCUGUCAAGAAAGACGAGGAUAUGGAUGUGGAUAACUCUUCAAUAAAGAAAACAAAUCUUGAAGUUACAGAAUCACAUGUAAGUAGUGAGGGCAUGUCUGUUGAUCUUGAUAACAAGCCAUGCAGUGAUACUAUUGCAGCUCUUAAUCAGAAAGAGAACAACAGUUGUGGUACAAUUACACGGUGUUGUUCUGUCAAGAAAGACGAGGAUAUGGAUGUGGAUAACUCUUCAACAAAGAAAAAAAAUCUUGAAGUUACAGAAUCACAUGUAAGUAGCGAGGGCAUGUCUGUUGGUCUUGAUAACAAGCCAUGCAGUGAUACUAUUGCAGCUCUUAAUCAGAAAGAGGACACCGGUUGCGGUACAAUUACGCAGUGUGGUUCUGUCAAGAAAGACCAGGAUAUGGAUGUGGAUAACUCUUCAAGAAAGAGAACAAAGCUUGAAGUUACAGAAUCACAUGUAAGCAGCGAGGGCAUGUCUGUUGGUCUUGAUAACAAGCCAUGCAGUGAUACUAUUGCAGCUCUUAAUCAGACAGAGGACAACGGUUGCGGUACAAUUACGCAGUGUGGUUCGGUCAAGAAAGACCAUGAUAUGGAUGUGGAUGACUCUUCAAGAAAAAGAACUAAGCUGGAAGUUACAGAAUCACAUGUAAGUAGCGAGGGCAUGUCUGUUGGUCUUGAUAACAAGCCAUGCAGUGAUACUAUUGCAGCUCUUAAUCAGACAGAGGACAACGGUUGCGGUACAAUUACGCAGUGUGGUUCGGUCAAGAAAGACCAUGAUAUGGAUGUGGAUAACUCUUCAAGAAAGAGAACAAAGCUUGAAGUUACAGAAUCACAUGUAAGUAGCGAGGGCAUGUCUGUUGGUCUUGAUAACAAGCCAUGCAGUGAUACUAUUGUAGCUCUUGAUCAGAAAGAGAACAGCUGUUGCGGUAAAAUUACACGGUGUAGUUCUGUCAAGGAAGACCAGGAUAUGGAUGUGGACAACUGUUCAACUUUUCCAUCUAAACUCAACGAAGAAUACCAGAAGCAUGUUGCCAAUACUUUACAAGUUAAUGAAGAUCAAAAGAUAGAAAAUUCAUCAGUGCAACAUCACUCAAAUGAAUGUACAAGACCUAGUGAGGCUGAGAAGGUUGUUUCAACAAGGAUGCACAUUAUUGAGGGUGGAAUCAAAGAUGAAUCUGCUUUUGAUAAGAUUUGUGUCGAUGCCACUGUUGAAAACGAAUCCAUAGAAAAAUGUACCCCGAUUGCAGAUAAUUUCAACGCAGAUUUUGAGAAAGUUCGAAGUUUCGUAGAUUCGAAGGGGAAGAUGGGUCGAUCUGAUGUGUGUCCUACUGCGGAUGCAGUUAGGGCAUUCGUUGAACACUUAGUUGAUCCAAUGCUGCCAGCAAAGGCUUCUAUCCGUGAUGCUCCUUCCAUAUCUCAACAGCAGAAAGUUGCAAAACAGGUGCAUUCUGUUGUGUUGCUGUACAACUAUUACCACAGGAAACGGCAUCCAGAGCUAGAAUUUGUGGCAUUUAAGGACUUUUGCAAGUUGAUUGUCGGUCUGAGACCAGCGUUGUUAAUAUAUAUGAAAUUCACGCAAAAGCCUGAUCAAACUGACCUCGUUGAUGUGGAGCAGCAGCUUUCAUUAACAGAAAAAGCGAUAGCGAGUUCGUGUGAUAUAUGUACAUGUUUAGAUGCAUCAAAAAAUGUUCCAAAUAUAGAGGGAUGGCCCGUUUCAAAAGUUGCCAUCCUUUUAGUCGACAGUAAGAUGGAGAACUGCUUGUUGCGUUUUUGUUCCACCACUGAUGGGGUAUGGUCCGUGAUCGAAAAAGAUGUGGGUUCUUCAGAUCAAAUUUCUGAAGAUAUGAAUGAACUCAAACAUACAUACCAAAAGAGAAGAGUCAUUCAGAAUCCUACAAAAAACGGAUUAAAUGUUGAUGAUGAUGAGUUUUUGCAAGUUGGUUAUUCUGCUGUAAAGGAAGCUACUGGUGUCAAUAGUAAUGAUAUUAUGCUUUUGGAAAGUUACACUGUGUAUUCCCAGCGCAAAGAGAAGACAGCUUCACGCUUUUAUAUAAUGAAGUGCUCACAGUCGACAGCUGAUGGGUCUAUUCAAGUUCCUAUCAAAGAUUUAAUUGAAAGCUUCCGGGGUCCUUUACUCAAAAAGAGUUCUAGCAGUUGGACGAUCACCUCAGUUGUUGAGUACUUCCACGUGCUUCCUUAUUCCGAAAUAAUCUCAGACUGGAUUUCUAGAGAAACAUUCUCAAAUAGUUUGCAAGAUUCAAAGCUGGCAGAGAAACAAUUCCCAAAGCAUGAAGUGACAGAAUCACAUGUAAGUAGUAAGGGCUUGUAUAUUGAUCUUGAUAACAAGCCAGGAAGUGAUACUAAAGUGGCUCUUAAUCAGAAAGAGAAAAAUGGUUGCGGUAUAACUAAACGGUGUGAUUCUGUCAAGGAAGACUGGGAUAUGGAUGUGGACAAGUCUUUAGUUUUACCAUCUAAAAAUAAAGAAUGCCAGAAGCAUACUGCCAAUACUUUACAUAUAAGUGAAGAUCAAAAGAUAGAAAAUCCAUCAGUGCAACACCACUCAAAUGAAUGUACAAGACCUAGCAAGGCUGAGAAGGCUGUUUCAAAAAGAAAGCACAUCACUGAGGGUGGAAUCAAAGAUCAAUCUGCUUUUGAUAAAAUUUGUGCCGGUACCACUUUUGAAAAUGAUUCAGUAGAAAAAUGUAUCCUGAAUGCAAAUAGUUCCAACAAAAAUCUUGAGAAGAUCCAAACUUUCAUAGCUUCAAAGGGGACAAUACUGUCACAAACUGCCCUCAAUGCUCUUAUACGAAAGAGGAAUGCACUGGCUCUUCAGCAGCGCGCGAUAGAGGAUGAGAUGGCUGUGUGUAAUAUGAAAAUUCAUAGAUGGUUGGCCGGUGAGGAAGAUGACUUUGAAUUAAAAUUGGAAUCCGUUAUAGAAGGCUGUAAUGGUACAUGGUUAAGAAAUCAAGGAAGGAUGUGCAGUCAAUAUCUUGAUGAUCAAUGCUUACCUCAAUCUGUUAAGAGUAAAAGAUUGACAGAGGCUGUGCUUACUUUGCAUAGUCCUUGCCAGGAACUAGAUGGAAUAUGUCAUGAAAAUAAUUGGAUCCUUCCAACUUAUAGUGUAUCUCUAUCAGAUGGUGAAUUUCAUGCUACUGUAAGAGUUAAAGGAGUGGACUUUGAGUAUUCGUGUGAGGGAAACACAUGCCCCUUUCCCCGCGAAGCAAGAGAUUCAGCUGCUGCUCAAAUGUUGACUAAAUUUAGAAGUAUGGCAUAAAAUCAGUCCUCUAAUUUUGGCUCUUGUGCUUGAAGCAUUUUAAUGGCUUCUUGACUAGUUAUAUGUACAUGAACUGAAUGCAAGUUUUGGAUCUUUGGCAGUAUCCGUGUGAAUGAGCACAAAUCAAUCUACAUAUAUUAAUGGCUUAAUUGCACUUUGGCCCUCCUAGUUUCUUAAUUGUACGAUUUUGAACCACAUAGUUUCAAUGAAGCGAUUUUGGCCCCUCUACUUUCUCAA